GGAACCAAUCAGAAAUGGAUUCACAAUAUUCACAUUGUCUUGACUCUCAAUUUUAAAGGGCUCCAAGGGCUCUAGGGUACUCUAUCUUCUCCAUCCAUGUGCGCAAAAUAAAAAUAGAUUGUGGACUUGUGGAGGUUCGUAAGGCCGGACAGACCAAGCAAUGAGUUGAUACGAUGAAGAAAUUGUAUUCUUCUACUGUGGAAACAAGCAAUAAUGACAAUUGUGACCAUACGAGAAAACUAUACAAAACCAUAUUUGAUGGAAUUCAUUAUUUGGACUCGGAACAAGCGUAUGCCAAAUCUGGCUGCGAUUUAUUUUCACGUCUACUAGUCACACAAAGGAUGAAGGUGCGAGAACAUUGCGAGCGCUUGAUGUUCCUUGAUCCUUUGGGGCAUGGCCGAAAAGCAGAAGAAUUAUUAUGGCGCAAAGGAUACUAUGAGCCUUUUGCCUUCUCUAAGCGUAUAAGAGCGGGAUCAGUGUGGAACCCAGUGGAAAGAGCAUUUCUUCAGGCGCAUCUCUUGUCAGGUGUUGGCCACUAUCAAAAUAUCAUCCUGCGUUUACAGGUUGAAUUUAAUAUUGAUCUUAGAGGCGUACUCGACUUUCCUCUGUUGGUAUGUGAUGAAGGAUUGCCCAAAAGAUCAACUUUAAUUGGCAAGAAAAGUCUCACAUGUGUGCUGUAGAAUCUUUUGAAGGCACCGAAGGAAACCUAACGUCUGUGCUGGCACGGAAUGCUAGUAGUUUGGAAUCAGAAAGAUGUGGAGGAGAUGGUCCGCUCGUGAAACAUUGCAUCAUGGAAUUUCUGUACAUAGCUGGAUUACUGUUUUCUGAUAGAACACCUAGAGAAAGUAUGGCAGCUUUGGUAGACAGAUGGCUAAAACUACUCGAAGAAUGUCGAGAAGAAGAAUUGCUUCGACCCAUGAUGAAAGAACCGGACUCAUUGGAUGAUGCCGUUCUAUCCGUGGAGAAACAACCUGAUUUCCUAAAAGAUGAGCUACUCUUCAAAAUAUUUGUUAUUUUACUUAUGUGUAUCCAAAGGAGCAUCGAAAAAGGUUUUGAUAGAACUGGGCCUGAGGCUUUAUGUCUGUCCCUAACAUCUGUCAUAGUUCAGACUUGUGCCAAUAAAUUUACCGAAAAUGUUCCCUUACCAAAACCUAAGAAAACCGUAUCAAAUGAUCAAAAAUUGCACUCCCGUCGAAGGAGACGUCGAGUACGCAACAACAGUUUUGCCUCAGAGGAAUCCGAUCCUGAGUCUGAAAGAGUUGAGAUCAUCAGUUCAAAUUCAAGUGAAAGUGAGGAAGAGCUGAUAUUUGAUGAAAACUCAAGUUCUCAGUCAGAUAAUGAAGAUGGAAAAACUGGAACUAAUAGAAUUGUAGCAAGCAACGGUGAAUGUAUGAAUGGCGGGAAAGAAUUAUUGAAGCAUCAAAAACAAAUGAAUGGAAGGACAUAUAUGAAUGGUUCAGCAAAAGGUAGCGAAGUUAUGCAAACUUCAAGAAUGUUCAGCAACCCUGUUUUCAAAUUCGUCCAAGAACUUUCAAAAUCAGGAUAUCUUCUACAAACAGUGAAGGUUUGCUGUGACUGGCUAAGCUGCAACAUGCACAUUCUGUCAUCGUGUGUAGAGAGCUCACGUCCUCUCGUCUCCAACCUUAUAACUUUGUUCAAUUUUCUACUGCAGAUCCCUGGAGGGGAAGUAGAUCCCCGAUCAGGUGAAAGUGUUUUUGAAUCUUCAUUGAAAGACGACGACUUUUCUUUGAUUCCUCUAGAAGAAGAUGUUGAGCUAUGCAAUCUUUCAAUUCUAAAGUUAGCACAUUCUGGAAUUAACUUGGAUUAUGUCAGAUUACACGACUUCGAUUGUGAUACACAGACCAGAGUUAGAGUAUUUCAAAUUCUACAUUUUGGCCGUAAGCUUGCAGGAGUGAAGGAAGUGUGUGUAGAAUUCAAUGAGGCUAAAAGAUGGUUUGCUGUGGGAAACCAGACCACUAUUUCUUCCCAGGCUCAUAAUGAUGGUUUAGCUCGAGGAAAAAUGAUGCAAAACAUGGGGAAAGCUUGGCUGAGAGCAGAAGUACGCAAUUUAGAAUCUAAAACAGAACGGAACGCACCGCUACCACCUUAUUUAAUUGUUGAUUGUGAUGCUCUAGUAAAUUUUUCUCCACUUGUGAAACAAUUUGUAAAUUCUAAAAAGUUCAUCGUUUUAGUUCCCUCAGUAGUUGUCCAGAUGUUGGAUAAGUUGAAAUGCUCAAGUGGCAAAGUUCGAGAUAUGAUUCGAUGGAUGGAAGCACAACUGAAGAAUGGAGACCGGUUUUUGCAAGCACAGCUGAGUCACCAACAAGAAUCAAUACCUUGUAUCAAGUAUCCCAAGAAAAAGGACAAAGAGGCGUGGAGUCAAUGUGGAGCAUAUCGGAACUUUCCACGGAAAAUGGAAAAAUUCGUGCAAAAGCCAUGGUUGAAGAAUUUUAGGACAAAGCUUCUGGUUAAUUCAAAUUGUCCUGUCAACUGAACCUUUAACGGAGUUCAAGAAGGGUGUCUAACUAAUUUAACUCCUCCUGAGUAUCAAAUUAAUCGUCAGGAAGGCUGUCGAAUGAAUCACUGAACCCUUUAGUUUUGAAACCUGUAUGGCUUCCUGUGUUACAGUUGUAGUCUCCUGGUAUGAUUCAGCAAAGGUUUUUCUUUAAGUUUGAGAAGAGUCAGGUGGCAAAUAAUAUUUUGUUACGUUAUGCCACAGAGCGCACAUACUUUUCUUGCCCCUCUCAAGUCUUUUUUUUGAUGAUUUUUGCCAUGUUCUCUAUUUUUUUUAUAAAUGCUUUUUUCUCGUUCAUCUUUCCUUUAAAAAUCGAA